AUGCGCAUAGACGGAGGGGCGAGAAGCGGGUGGGACGGCGGGCGGCAGUGCUUUAAAAGCGGACUCUCCUCGCCUUCCUCUCUCUCCCUCCUUCACCUCACUCGCUCCUUCCCUCAACCUCCUCCACUCUCCUCACCCCGCCAGCCUCCUCCUCCUACACCUCCUUACUCCUCCUCCGCGCUCCUUUUCUCUCUCGAACUCCCUCGACCCGCGCCUUCACCCUCCGACUCCUCGUCGAGCGCAUCUCUCCCUCGUCAACGUCGUCCACGCCGCCCUGCCAGCCGGACUUGGGCGUCAACGGCCGCCGAAGUUCGUCAGCAGCGGGCGAGCAGGAUGGACGUUGUCGUCGAGGCGAUCCGGCGGACGAGUCGAUCUCUCGACCACCUUCGCCUUCGCAACGCCGACACCGCUGCGCUGCUACGGGACCGCAAAGCUCCUCCACCUACGACGUCGUCCGCUCACGUUGUCGGCCUCACGAUGGCCAGGGAGGUCGAGCCUUCGUGUCGCAGCUAUGCGGUCAGCAACAACAUGUAG